ACUACAGAAUUGUCCUUGACAUGACUCGUCGUGUCAAUUAGUACCUUCGGAUAAUUAUUUAGUUAGAACUUAGACUCUUGUUUAGCUGUUAUUAAUAUUAUGUGCUAUUUUAUUUAAUUACUCAAAGGGGGCAAAUUUUGAAAUAUUAAAAAGUAUAAUGUCAUUAUUAUUUCCUGUUUUCGUAAAUGGUGUAUCCCUUGCAUUACUGAAGCACCAACCUAGGAUUUGUAGCUCUGCUAUUUCUCAAUGGUGCCACCAACUUUUUAACCGAAGAAUCCACACCGCUUCACAACCUCUUCUUUUCCACCUUUCUUUUCCACUAGGUGCUGAGCCACUUCGAAAGAAGAAGAAAAUUGACCCUGCUGUCCUUAAAAUGCGAGAAGAAAGGAAAAAAAGGCGUCUGGAGAAAGCUAUUCGUAAGUUGGAAAAAUCAGCUCGAAGACUUAAACCAAUUGAAGAAAUUGAAAUUACACCAUCUCUAAGGAAAGAAAUUACUUUGAGAAAGAGAGAAGGUAGCCAUUUGACGUUUGAGGAAAUUGAAGAACAGUAUCAGCUACAAAAGAAGUGGGCUCAUUACAGAUACCAUCAGCAUCUGGCAGAAAUGAGCAUGAUAGAAAGAAUUAUAUCUGCACAAAAUCGAGCUCUUGUGGCUUUGCGUGAAGAGUCUGAGGAAUUAUACCAGGAAGCUAUUCAGAUUGAUUCAGCACUUAUACCAUUCAAAGUGUCAGGACCAGUGCAAACACCACCAAUCAAAAACUAUGAUCCUCCUGACGGCGAAUAUACGGAUAUGACCAAGAAAUGGGAUAUUCUAAGUUAAAGUUACAAAAAAAAGAGAGAGAUUGUAGAUUAUGCAUAGAUAAUGUUUAAAAAACUGGUUCUUAACCAGAAGAUGAGUAGGCUGCUACUAAAUAUGAAGGACGGUCGUAGCUUAAAUUUUUGUACAAUUCUUUAUGUAUUGACAAAAUAAAACAAGGUACUUGUCAGA